UGUCUUUGAUUCUCCAGAAAACCAAAGAGAAAUGACUCGUCUCGGGUUUGACUGAGGCCACGGCUUCGAGAGGUUUUUCUAAAGCUGGACCCUGAUUGGUCGGAGUGCUGUGGGUGAAAACUGACUGAACCCUGAGGAGAAACAGAGCCCCGGUUGAUAAGAAGACACAAAGCAGACGCCGUGCUAUCAGAUUGAAAAGAAACAAACUUCUCUGGCUGUUUAGCGGGAAUAUCUCGUAUUCUUAAGAACAAGUCGCUUCUAAUUGCUCAUAGCUCGGAUUCAGGUUAUCAGUAGUCAGCGAGCUACAAGGAAGGACGACUGGCGUGUUUCAACAGCAUAUGUUAGGAAUGUGCUCCAGGCUGCUGAGAAACACGUGUAUGUUUGAAACUAAAUAAUGCGCUGUAUGCAUCUGAGGUUUAGAGUGCGAGUACCAGGGCUGAGUGAAGCAGGAAGGAGCUCCAGCUGCUUGAAUCUCUCACUAAGUGGCUGAAGGAGCCCAGACCCUUUUUAAAGUUGUGGGAGGAGGGUGAGGACCUGGAAAAAUGACCCAAUCAGUGCAAGUUAAUCCAAAAAUGCCUGAUUUAGGCUCUGCGUUCAUUUAUUCCAGUCCAGAAGAGGCCGAUCAGUCCGCCUCCUACUCUGUUCAGACUCCUUAUGGGUUCCAGCUGGACCUGGACUUCCUUAAAUAUGUAGAAGAGAUCGAAAGUGGGCACAACCUUCGCCGGGCGCCUGUAAGCUCCAGACGACCUGGACGGGGAUUAAGACUUUCCCAGAGGAGUCCGAGUGCUGGGGGCCGUACCAGUGGAUGGACAUCCACAGAAUCGCUUUCAUCCCCCGUCAGCGAAGAUGGCAGAGUUCCUCCGCCGGCGCCGCCACGUAAUCGCCUUGGCUCAGCCCCCUGUGAAGGACUCUCCUAUUCCCCUGUAACUCUCCUCAGUAUUCCUCCCCUGUCCGCUGGGGCCAAAGUGCCACCACCUCCACCGCAACGCAACCCAAGGGUUGAGCGGACUCUUCUGGAAACCAGCCGGCGGCUACAGCAGGAGCAAACCCAUCAGAACGGUGGGCGCCUCCAGCUGGCAGAUCCUCCCAAACAGCUCACGCUCUCUACAUCCAAUCAGCCUCUGCAGAGUAGCUGGACUAAACCCAGUCCUCAGACCUCCGGGCGCAGCACUCCAGCUGCCGGCACCACAGUGACCCCAAUCCCACCCAGCCAGCUGCAGACGGUUAGAGAGCAGAUGGCUACAGCCUUGAAGCAGCUGAAGGAGAUGGAAGAACGGGUAAAGGGUGUUCCUGCACUUGAGAAAGAGGUGGCUAAGCUUCGUGCAGAAAAAGACAUGCUGCUGUUGGCUUUGGAGGAGAAGAAGGUAGCAGUGGAGGUUUCCAUACAGAAGCAUCAGUCUGCAGACUCUUCGACUCAAACUACAGAGACCCUCCAACCUGACCACAGCCAACUGACGUCACCGACCAGACACAAAGGUCUUGUAAAACCUGGAGAGCUGAAAAGACUGACAGAGAAGUUUGAGGGGAAGGAACAGAAAUCUCCCCAAACAGCAUCAAAAGUUUCCAUGAGCGCCCCAGAAAAAGCAGUUUUAAAGAAAUCAGUAGCCGUCGGAGAAGACGUUCCCAUGGCUUCUGUUGUUUUCUACCACAGCCAUGGCAUGAAAGAUGAAGCUGUGUGCACUGAAGUGAGAACGAGUGAGAAAUGCACAGAAACAGAGGGCCCUGCAGUUCAUGAACAGGGGGUACAGGCCAGAGCGGAGACGGAGGAGGCUGAGGUUUGGGUCAUGGAGUCGCUACUCGGGCUGAGCACAGAGGCGCAGCGGGAGAUGGACACCCUACAGGACACCAUUAAAUUCCAGCAAGAGUCCAUCGCAGCUCUAGAAGAUCGUUUGAUCGAAGCUGACAAAGACCUUGGAGUCCUUCGGGCCCAGAUGGAUGAAAAAACUUCCAAAGUCACAUUUGACAAGGGAACUCUUUCCAAACCUGACGUGAAAAACGCCCAAGUAGAGACAAUAACUUCUGCGUUAAAGCAUACUGCAACUAUGUGCCGUCCAGAGAUGAUGGAUGCCUGUGUUGGGGAAGCAGCAGGUCAAAACGAACAGGGCACCCAGACCGAUGCUGCUGUAGAGACAGAACCAGCACCUGUUGAACGGGUCAGUGUUGGGUGUCAAUGGGAGAAGUUGACGGAUGAAAAGUCUGAGGAGCAGAAAGUUACCGUGCCAAAGAAAAGACAGAUAACUAUCGCUGAGUACAAGGUUUCACCAGAAGAAGAGGUGAUCAGUGCAGAGGGGAAACAACUGGGAGACCAGGAAGAGGAAACCACGGCCAGCAAGACGGGUAUGCUGAAAUCAAUCAUGAAGAGGAAGGAUGGGAGUAGCUCGAGCGAGAACCGCAAGAAGAGCCUGCAGUUUGUUGGCAUUUUAAAUGGAGGAUAUGAAUCUACGUCUAGUGAAGAAGAGGAAGAAGAGGAGGAUGAGGAUGAAGAAGCCGUGAGCUCUUCUGGAGAAAGUGUAGACGAGUGCAGCACAGAAGAAGACGAGGCAGCGCUGGAGGAGGAGACCUCAGAGGAGGAGAGAAACGUCAACCUGGACGAGAGCGACACCGACGAGGAAACGCUGAGAGCUGCGACGUAUUCAUCUGACGCUGUGAAAGAAAAGUUUGAGUUCAGCUCCAAAAUGCGCGAAGCCUGCCUGAUUCUGAAGAAUCACUUGAACGACGAUGUUGAAACACUGAAGAGUAAAGAAGUGUUGUCCAGCACUCACACUGUCCAGCUCGAGUGGUUCCGGAUCUCCAGUGCGAAGAUGGCUCAGCAGUCGCGGGUCUCCGACUACCUGAUGGCGUUCUCCGAGGUGUCGUCAGUGCUCCUGGAGCACGUGGUCAACAUGACGGACGGAAACGGCAACACAGCUCUUCACUACAGCGUCUCCCACUCCAACUUUGGAGUGGUCAAACUGCUGUUGGACACAGGUAUGUGCUGCGUGGACAAGCAGAACAAAGCGGGCUACACGGCCAUCAUGCUGGCCGCUCUCUCAACUGUGAAGGAAGAAGACGACAUGGCUGUGGUCAAGAAGCUCUUCAGUCAGGGGAAUGUCAACGCCAAGGCCAGCCAGGCAGGUCAGACAGCCUUGAUGUUAGCGGUUAGCCACGGGCGGCAGGAGAUGGUGCGGGCCCUGCUCGAGUGCGGCGCCGACGUAAACGUGCAGGACGACGAGGGAUCCACAGCCCUGAUGUGCGCCAGCGAGCACGGGCGUGCUGAGAUCGUCAAACUACUCCUGGAACAGCCAGGCUGUGACAUCUCCAUUGUGGAUAAUGAUGGCAGUAAUGCUCUGUCCAUUGCACUGGAAGCAGCCCACAAUGACACAGCUGUGCUUCUCUAUGCCCACAUGAACUACGCUAAGACCCAAACUCCAGUGGGGAGUCCAAAAGCCCAGCCAAGGAGCCCCACAAGCCCCCACAAGUCCUGGACUACAGACUGAAAGGACCUCUGCAGCUCACUGAAUCAGAGCAGCAAAUCUAACUGGAUUUGAGCCGUGAAAAGCUCCACUGGAUUUUAUCUUAACGCCCGUGUAUUUAUAUAUGUACUGCCAUAUGUUCUGCAUUUAUAAGUAUUGUUAAUAUGAGAACAUUAUUUUUCCAUAAAGUGUUACAAGAUCAUUUAAAGUUCUUACUUGUUAUGGUGAAAAGUAGGUCUCCAGUUCUUCUUGUCUGUAAUAGAUGAAAAUAUUACAUUUAUUUGCACAAAACUAACAUUUUACUGUUAAUGGUGAAACACUCCCGUAGUAAACGAUGAGCAGAAAAUGUUACUGUAGCUGCGUGGAUCUGCACAUCCAGACAGUUUGAGAUGUUUCAAACCAUAAACCAGCCCAUGUGUGUUGCUCAUUUGUUUUUUCGCUGUCUGUGGAAGUAGAGCAGAGUUGGUCAGAAUUUACUGAUGCCUCUAAAUACUCAAAAUCUACAUCUUUGAAAUUGUAACUGCCCUAAGUACUGUGUGUUCAUAAAAUAUAUAUUCUUAUCUGAAAUAAACAUAUUUACAGAAAAUGA